GCCGUCGAUAAGCCUGCGGCUGGGAGGGGCGUGGUCCUGAUUGAGGGCGGCUCUUUGGCUGGAGCUGUGAGUGGAAAUGGCGGUGUUUCGGGCGAAGGGUAUCAUGAAGCGGUUUUUGCUGUUUAAGCAGUUCUGUUAUUCAGGCUAUGGCAGUCGGCAUUUCGCAGUUUCAUCAAUUAUGAUGGAACGGACUCAUGUCAACUGUGAAAUUAAAGGUGAUGUUGCAGUUGUGCGAUUUAAUACUCCAGAUUCUAAGGUCAACACCCUAUCUAAAAAGCUACAAUCGGAGUUCACUGAAGUGAUGAAUGAAGUUUGGGCAAAUGAUGGUGUUCGAAGUGCUGUUCUUAUUUCAUCGAAGCCAGGCUGUUUCAUUGCUGGUGCUGACAUCAAUAUGAUAGGAGAAUGUAAAUCUGUGGAGGAAGUGAUACGAUUAUCUCAGGAGGGGCAGAAAAUAUUUCAGAAGAUUCAAGAAUCGACCAAACCUGUUGUAGCUGCUAUCAAUGGUUCCUGCCUUGGAGGUGGUCUUGAGGUUGCCAUUGCCUGCCAUUACAGGAUAGCAACAAAGGACAGAAAGACAAUAUUGGGCACUCCGGAAGUCAUGCUUGGUUUACUGCCAGGAGCUGGUGGUACUCAGAGGCUACCAAAGAUGGUUGGUCUUCCUAAUGCUUUUGAUAUGAUGUUGACUGGGAAAAAUAUCCGUGCAGAUAAAGCUAAGAAGAUGGGUUUGGUUGACCAACUAGUUUCUCCCCUCGGGCCUGGCCUGAAGAAUCCAGAGGAGAGAACAAUAGAAUACUUGGAAGAAGUAGCAAUUGGUUAUGCUAGAGGAAUAGUAAAUAAGCAGAUCUCCCUUGAAAAGAAGAAAACGCUUGUUGACACGGUGCAGUCAUGGGCAUUUAAGUUCCCUAUAAUCAGGGAGCAAAUUUAUAAAAUGGUAAGAAAAAAGGUGAUGGCACAAUCCAAAGGACUUUAUCCUGCCCCACUGAAGAUCAUUGAGGUUGUGAAAACUGGAUUAGAGCAGGGAUCGAAUGCCGGUUAUCUAGUUGAAUCACAGAAAUUUGGAGAACUGGCGAUGACAAAUGAAUCAAAAGCACUAAUUGGCCUUUAUCAUGGUCAAGUGGCAUGCAAGAAGAACAAAUUUGGAAAACCGCAGAAGGAAACGGAGACAGUUGCCAUUUUGGGUGCUGGUCUAAUGGGUGCUGGUAUAGCACAAGUCACAAUAGACAAAGGUAUUUUAACUGUCUUAAAAGAUACAACAAUGGAAGGCCUUGAUAGAGGUCAACAACAAAUCUAUAAAGGAUUGAAUGAUAAAGUAAAGAGAAAGAAUUUAACAUCAUUUGAGCGCGAUAGACUGUUAUCAAACUUGAUUGGUCAGUUAGACUACAAAGGAUUUGAGAAAGCCGACAUAGUAAUUGAAGCAGUUUUUGAAGAUAUGAAAAUCAAGCAUACUGUACUGAAGGAAAUUGAAGCUGUGGUAGCUCCUCAUUGUAUAUUUGCUAGUAAUACAUCAGCUCUUCCAAUUUCUGAAAUUGCUACUGUCAGUAAAAGACCAGAGAAGGUAAUUGGAAUGCACUAUUUCUCACCUGUAGACAGGAUGCAGUUACUGGAAAUUAUCACCACAGAUAAAACCUCCAAGGAUACAACUGCAGCUGCUGUAGCACUUGGCCUUAAGCAGGGAAAAGUCAUAAUUGUAGUCAAGGAUGGCCCUGGCUUUUAUACCACAAGAUGUCUUGCACCUACAUUGGCAGAAGCACUCAGAGUCUUGCAGGAGCAUGCUGAUCCAAAGAAACUAGAUGCUGUUACAACUGGUUAUGGAUUUCCUGUCGGCACUGCCACACUGAUUGAUGAAGUUGGUAUUGAUGUCGCAGCACAUGUUGCAGAAGAUUUGGGAAAAGCUUUUGGCUCUCGAAUGGCAGGUGGAAGUGCUGAACUUUUAAAGGAGAUGGUGGCAAAGGGGUUUUUAGGUCGUAAGACAGGGAAAGGUUGCUUCGUUUAUCAGGCAGGUGUGAAAGGCAAAACUUUGAAUCCAGGUGCGAAAGAAAUUUUUGAACGUUUUAAGCUGCCUGCUAACCUUGAAGUUUCAUCAGAUGAAGAUAUUCAGUUGCGACUGGUGUCAAGAUUUGUGAACGAGGCAGUAUUGUGCCUGCAAGAUGGAAUAUUAAAUGACCCCACUGAGGGAGACAUUGGUGCUGUUUUUGGACUAGGGUUCCCACCUUGCCUUGGAGGACCAUUCAAAUUUUUGGAUGCCUAUGGAGCAAACAAACUAGUUGACAAAAUGAAAAAAUAUGAAAGUGUUUACGGCAGUGAAUUCUCACCUUGCCAGAUGUUGCUGGAUUAUGCAAAGGACACAAGCAAAAAAUUCCGUCACUAAGAUGAAGAUGAAACGUGUACCUAAGUCCGGGACAAAUCUAAUAAAAAUAUAUAGAAAUGCUGAAUGUGAUUGUUUUCAAAAGUUUGCAAUCACGGUUCUUGUGUACAUGAGAGUUUUAUCGAAACAUUUGAUUAACAUCAAAUGAGAUACAGUCUGAGUAUAGCCAUUUUUAAUACAAGAUAUUUUAACUUUAAUUCGUGCCUUUAAUCACAACUUAUUUGCCAUCACUCCUGCAUAAUUUUUAAUAAUGUUCAAUGUUCUUAAUAUUUUUAAAGAUUUGUUUCCUGCAAUUUGUUUGUGAAGUCUGGGAAGUUCAUAUCAAAUUUGCCUACUCCUUAUGAGUAGCAGUAAGGCCAUUCCAAUGCAAUAUUUUAGACAUUUAAAAAAUUAUCAUACUUUUACCAUUAUUUAACAAUGCUAAACUGGCAUUGUUUUUACCAUGUUUUAAAGAAAUGUGGGUUGGCAGUUGAGCACUAAAAUCUUUUGUAAAUGGAGGAAGGUCUCCUUAAAUUUGUUUACCAUUGGAUUUAACACUUGAGCAUCGGUUUUAAAUGAAGCAAUUUAAUGACUUAACUAGAGAGAAAUUGUUGUUGUGUUUCCAAAGCUGUUGUCCAGACUUAGCAUUAAUUUUCGAUUGAUCAGCUAAAGACAUACCAAACACUAUUUAUAACAUUAUUUCAUUUUUAAAAAUUGAUACCUGCUGCAAGGCUGCUCUUUCAUGAUUGGGCUAAUGGAGCUGUCACACAGUUUAGUUAGUAUCACUAAUAAUGAUUUUACUAAGGCACAUGAACAAGGACAGUCUAGCUUCUGAUGGGAAAAUGACUAAUGCUCUUUUGCCAAUUUCCCUAUUUGUAUUUGAAAUACACGAGAAACUGCGCAUAAGGUGGGGCUUUGAUGUUGCCAUGUUUUAAUGGAAGCAUGGCUGACAUAGUCUUCUAUGCUUACACAUGAAGACUAGAAGAUUUUAGGGUGGUCUGCAGUUUGUGAUGUCCUGCCAGGAGGGCUGUCCCUCAACAGAAACUUAACAUGAAUCCUCAUAAUGUGUGAUUUUUUUUUAAAAACAAAAAAUAAUCAGAUUCUAGACUAGGUAGUCUGAUUAUGGUAUAUUUAAAUAUUUGGGGAAUCAUUUACCUCAGUGUAGAUUUUGCAUUGGUAGAAUUCCUGAAUAUCAAAAUACAUUUGGAAAAAUGCACAUGUAAUAUGUGAAUCAUUCCAUGACAUUGGUUAUAUUUUUGUUUUGUACUUAUCAGGUGGAAUUUAAAAUUCCAUCUGAUCCAAUUUACUUGCAAGGUAUUUAGCCGAAUUGUUUAUAAGAUGUUUUCAGUUAGUAUGUGUCAAAAUAAAGGAACAAUCCUGGCUAAAA